AUGUCAUCUCUCACGUCAAGAGCCGUGCUGCGGCAGCAUCCAUCGCUCGCCCUCAACCUCACACGAUCACUGCAGCGAGGCCCCGCACGAUCGUCCAUCCGCCAUAAGAGCUCCUACCCGGUUCCACCGCAGCGCUCACGGGGCGGCAGGAGGGUAUUUGGCGUUGUCGCGGUUGCUGGAGUGGCUCUUGCCGGCGCAGCGUGGGCCUACCCUCUGUUCUUUGGCGAAAAUGCCGUCGCUGGGAUCCCACAGGCCGAGAUCGAGUUCGAGAAGAAGCGGAAGGCCCCCAGGAACAAGGAGGAGAACCGGGACCUGAUCUCUUCGCAGCAUAUUCAGGUGCGCAAGAGCUGGGAGAACCCAGGCGUCUACGCAUGGGGAUCAAACGUCGGCAGGGCCGUCGCCCCCGAGUCCAAGGAAACCGUCGUCAAGACGCCGAGACGGAUACCUUACUUUGAUGGUCAACUGCUGCGGGAUCUGAAGCUUGAUCAGGACUUUGGUGCCGCCGUUACCGAAAAGGGCGAUCUCGUGCAAUGGGGAACUGGCUACUUCGCAGAGGACCCCAGGCCGGCUGUCACUCUCAAGGGAAAGGACAUCGCCAAGCUGGCGAUCUCAAGGGAUCGCAUUCUUGCACUAUCGUCCGGCGGGUCGGUCUACUCGGUUCCCGUGGCUAGGUCAGACCAAAGGUCGGGAGGCAGCCAGGAUGAAAGUUCAUCGUGGUUGUCAUUCUGGUCAAAUCCUGCGACGGCCGUAAACUAUCGAGAAAUCAAGCCCAAGGAUCUGGGCUGGGGCGAGAAAAUUGUUGAUGUCAGCAGUGGCCGGGAGCACGCUCUGCUCCUGACCUCCAACGGGCGUGUGUUCUCCGCAGCAUCGAGCUCCGAGAGCUUCCCAUCGCGUGGCCAGCUCGGUGUCCCUGGGCUGACCUGGGCUUCGAGGCCGCAAGGCCCUUUCGACCAGCCGCACGAACUCGGCACACUCAAGGGCUUCAAGGCAAAAAAGAUCGCGACCGGGGAGUAUCACUCAUUGGUCCUCGAUGACGAGGGCAGGGUGUUCGCCUUUGGCGAUAACGCAGUGGGGCAGCUCGGCUUCCCUCCAGAGGCCGAGGUUCCCGUGAUCGACAGCCCCUCGUUGCUGCCAUUCAACAAGCUCUACAAGGCGACUGGGCUGGUGCCCAAGGUCACUUCUAUCGCAGCUGGUGGCGCCAACUCUUACUUUACUGUGGAUGCUACCAAGGUCGCCUCCCAGACAUCACCGUCAGACAACAUCGCACCGGCGCGAGACCUGGGCAAGAUCGUCGCCGACACGUGGGCAGCAGGCGAAGGCAUCAAAGGCAGUCUCGGAACCGGAGCGUGGACGCACAUAUCCAGCGGCCCUACCAAGAUCAAGGCGCUGUCCGGACUCUUCGAGUGGGACGAGAAAGCAAACCAGGUCGUCCCCAUCCGACUCGCACGCCUCUCCGUCGGGAGCACGCAUACCGCGGCAGUGAUGGACAAUGUGACCUACGUGGAAGCGACAGGCAAGUCAGGCGACAACGACACGAACUGGGGUGCGGACAUCGUGUGGUGGGGCGGUAACGAGUUCUACCAGCUCGGCAACGGCAAGAGGAGCAACUCGAACGCGCCGAUAUACAUUGGCCCGCUGGACGGUGGUGCAGGUGACGCGAAGGCUGGCAGGAAAGGAGAGGAGCACCGUUUCCAGAUCACACCCAGACAGACGGCGAGGCUGGGCAAGGACGGCAAGGGCAGGAAAGUGAGCAUGGAGCAGAGGGUGGAGUGUGGGCGCUACGUCACGGCUGUCUACUCUGGCACAUGA